AUGCGCAUCUGCAUCAUCAUCGUAGGCACCAGAGGCGACGUGCAGCCGUUCCUCGCCAUCGCCCAAAGGCUCCAGCGCGACGGACACCGCGUGCGCCUCGCCACCCACGCCGUCUACAGAGACUUCGUCAUGGACCACGGUGUCGAGUUCUACCCCCUCGGUGGUGACCCCAAGGAGCUGGCCGCCUACAUGGUCAAGACCGGAGGACACCUCAUCCCCACCAAGAUCGAGACGCUCACCAAGGACGUGCCGCGCAACAAGGAGAUGAUCAACGAGAUCGUCCACUCCACGUGGCCCGCCGUCUCGGCUGCCGACCCUAACGGAGGCGGCCCGGGCCUAUCAUCGCCAACCCCCGUCUCCUACGGCCACAUCCACGUCGCCGAGCGCCUCGGCGUGCCGCUGCACAUCAUGUUUCCGCAGCCCUGGGUGCCUACCAGAGCGUCCCCGCACCCGCUCGCCAACAUGCCGUACACGGACGAGCUCAAGAAGACCAACUACCUGUCGUACAAGAUGGUCGAUCUGCUCAUGUGGCAGGGCACGGAGGGGCUCAUCAACGAGUUCCGCACCAAGGUGCUCAAGCUGCGCAAGAUCCGCAACGGCGACGGCGGACGCGACCUGCUGCUGGACCUCCGCAUCCCGCACGCCUUCAUGUGGAGUCUGGAGCUCGUGCCCAAGCCGGCCGACUGGGGAGAUCUCUACGACGUCAUCGGAACCGUGACUCUGAGUGGCGGUCCCAGCAGCUCGUACACGCCGUCACCAGAGCUCGAAGCAUUCCUCAGCCGAGACGGCGGACCCAUCUUCGUCGGCUUCGGAUCCAUGGUGCUGGCCGACCCCAUGGCCACCACCAAGAUGAUCGUCCAGGCGGCACAGCAGGCGCGUGUGCGGGUGCUCAUCCAGUCCAGUUGGAGCGACAUGGCCGGCGACCUCGACAUCCCCGACAACGUCUUCUUCAUCGGCAACUGUCCGCACGACUGGAUCAUGCCGCGGGUGUGUGCGGUGGUCCACCACGGCGGCGCCGGCACCACCGCUGCCGGUCUGCUUGCCGGCAAGCCCACCUCAUCGUGCCGUUCUUCGGCUGGUGUGGGUGUCGAGCCCUGUCCGAUCUUGAAAUUGACAACCGAGAAGCUGCGCGAAGCGUUCGAGGGACUCAUGAACCCGACACUGCGAGCUAAAGCGCUACAGGUUCGAAACGCUAUGCGCCGUGAAGACGGAGCGGGUGAAGCAGUCCGCAGCUUCUACCGGCACCUGCCGACACAGGACAUGUUCUGCGACCUGGACCACGAGCGGAUCGCCACGCGCUGGAGCGUUCGUGAUCGUUUGAAGUUGUGUGACCGGUGCGCGUUCAUUGUCGGCGAGCGGCCGGAGAACGCCGGCAAGAAGCUGGUGAGUUAUCACUGCGUGGACUACUCAGCGCGAGUCUUCUGGCACGAGAUUGCUGGGGCAUCUUCAGCCGUCUUCCGUCAACCCGUAAAAGGCUUUAAAAGAUCUGGCUACACUGGGGGCGUUGUUGGAGGUGUGGCCGGGCUUGCGCAAGCGUACAUCGUCUUCUACACGCGAGCACUUCUUGGGUGUGCCUUGCUUGUAGACCACGUGAUCGCCGGUCAUAUCAACUCGCAUCGCCUGGAAGGACAGCGAAAGCGAUCCAGCUUGCUCAGCCGGCACAUGAUGGCGACGUUGGGGGCUCAGAGAGGCCUGGCCGAUACUUACUGCUCUUCAAACGGCUCCGAUAGCGCGGGCAUACUUUUGCUCCCCUGCAAACAUGAGUGCAAGAGGUUAAUGCACGAUAUCGACCGCAAACAAUAUCGAUCGACAUACAAGAGUCUCUGCGCGAAUACAGGGAGCCUGUGGAAUAGAUCGAGUGACCAGCUUGCAAACGACGUAUUCAUAGCGAGAGCGACUGAAUCUAGCGAAGGUGCUAUGGCUCUUCACUCGGUAUUCUUGAAGUCAUCAGGAUCAGUCGACUUAGCCAUCGAUACCCCCAAUGAAGAGGCCGACUACAUCGACAAAGACACCAUCGCGCAGUGUCACGCACUCGCGGCAUUCCAGCACGGCAAGCCAGUGCAGGCACUUCGAACGAGCGUGAACAUCAAGUGUUCCAUCCCUACCAUGAACGUCUGCUUGACUGCCAUGGGUUCGUGGGACAACGGCAUCAAGCAGUUCGCCGCGAUCGGAUUGGAACUCUCAAAACACGGCCACCGAGUUCGACUGGCUGCUAACGGGGGCUUUCGCUCGAAGAUCCUCGCGCUUGGACUCGAGUUCUACCCGCUAGAUGGCGCACCCAACAGUAUCCAGGAUGUUAUGCAGUUGAUACACGACGCUCAGCUCAUCCACGACGACGCUGAGCCCGGUCGUUCAAGUCUGGAAACACUGCAGGCCUUUCGAGAACUCAUUUACUCGUUGUGGCCUGCUGCAUACGGAUCUGACCCGCACGGCAAUGGCCCCAACAAACCUGGUGAACACUUCCGUGCCGACGCGCUGCUGUGGCAUCCGAUGCUGCUCGGUCACGUGCACGUGGCACAGCGUCUUGGUAUUCCGUUGCAGUGCGCUAGCCUGGACCCCCUAUCGCCAACGUUCGAGUUUCCUCACGUGCUGAGUUCCAAGCUGCUCUCGCACGGUGCUGUCGACGCAGCGCUGAACCACGGAAGUAUACAGGCCAUUAUGACCCAGUUCCGCUCAUUCAUUGGACUCUCGACUCGUUUGGAUCGUCCGGACUCGCUGGCCCAGUGGGAAGUCCCCCACGUGUACCUGUACAAUCCUGCAUUGCUUCCGAAGCCUCUGGACUGGACCGAAGAGAUCACCGUGGCCGGUCAUGUAACUUUGAAAGACGACCACGGACACCCGGACAUACCGCGAGCGCUGACUGAGUUCGCCUUCUCCAAGGCCGGCCCACCGGUGAUUUACUUCGGCGUGUCUGCGCGGAGCUUGGCUGUUAGUGAGGUUGAGGACUUGGUGCGGAAGGUCGACCAAGCUGCUCAGCGUCUGCACCUACGAGUCAUCAUACAAGUGCCCGACAUGGCAGCAGCCCUCGCACCGCAUCAAUCCAGCUCCACAUUCUUGGUUGACGCAGGGAUCCCGUACGCGCAACUCUUCUCGGGCCCCGACGUCCUGGCCGAGGGGCUCGCGGUUGGAAAACCCGUCGCUAUCUGCGGGUCACACCCUUCGCAGCUCUUCACAGCGCGUCUGUGUCAACGGGUCGGUGUGGGCAUCGCAUCGAUCGACCCGAAGACCUGCACUGCCGAGUCGCUGGUGGAGAGCUUCCAGCAACUGCUGCUGCCAGCUAUCCGAGACAAGGCCCAGGCGCUGGCCCGCACGUUCGACCCGAGCCGAGCGCUGGACGUCGCAGUGGGGUCCUUCUACUCCAACCUGCCGAUGGCAGCCAUGGUGUGCGACGUCGACCCGACGAAGCUGGCCCGCGUGUUCGACUCGCACCACAACCUGAAGCUGUCGCUGGAAGCUUACUUGGCGAUGCAGCCGGUCCGCGACGAAAGCAAGGGGUUCGUGCCGUACAAGCCGCUGGAGUACGACGGCUUCUGUCCGCCGGUGUUCUCGAUCCGCGGCAAUCCAGGCGAGAUUCCUCGAGACGCGAAGCCCCCGCGUGGUCUGGACGGCGUCAAUUUGGCUGUCGAGGUGCUGGCCGCCUAG